UCUACAUUGUAUAUACUUUCUUUCGGUAUCAUACACGUAUAAUAUAAAUUCAAAGUAACUUAGGAAAAAUAAAAAAUGGUGUAUAAAUCAGAAAAACCAAACCGGAAAUUGAAAUCACAGGAGAAGCAAAGGAAAGGAUUAUGGUCACCGGAAGAAGAUGAGAAGCUUAGGAGUUAUGUUCUCAAGUAUGGCCAUGGUUGCUGGAGUACCAUUCCUAUUCAUACUGGAUUGCAGAGGAAUGGGAAGAGUUGUAGAUUAAGGUGGGUUAAUUAUCUAAGACCAGGACUUAAGAAGUCUACAUUCACUAAAGAAGAGGAAAUUACACUUCUCUCACUUCACUCCAUGUUGGGUAACAAAUGGUCUCAGAUAUCGAAAUUUUUACCAGGAAGGACUGACAACGAGAUCAAAAACUACUGGCAUUCUAAUCUAAAGAAGGGUGUAACUUUGACGCAACUUGAAACCUCAAGAACCCAUCAAACACCUUCAAUCACAAACUCACUUGAGACCUUCCAGAGUUCAUCAACUGAAAGAUGUUCUUCAUCUAUCAAUCUCGGAGAAACAUUUAAUGCUCAAACCCCAAGCUUUUCGCCAAGUCUAGUGUUUUCCGAAUGGUUAGAUCACAGUUUGUUAAUGGAUCAGUCACCUCAAAACCUUGUUGUACCGCAAGAGAGAGGAUUCAUUGUACCAUGUGGACCUCUUCAUCAUUUAGAAAACAACUCUUCCCCUGAUUUGGUACCAACUUCAGAUUUUUUGUUGGAGGAUGAGAUAUCUGAGGUCGAGUUCUGUACUUCAUUUUCAGACAAUUUUUUGUUCGAAGGUCUCAUCAACGAGCUACGACAAAUGUAAAUGUUUGGAGAUCCAAGUAAAUGGGUUUAAAGUUAUUUAAGUAGAAGAGUAAAUAAAUAAAUACUCUAAUUUGUAAGUCCUUCACGUUGCUUCUGCUUUCACGCUUUUCUUGUUUGAUCAUUAUUUGACCUAUUACAUUAAGAUAUUGACUAAGAACAUCAAUUCUAACGAACACGAGAGUAUUUGAUUGGACUAGUCGGAUCAUCAAACAUUGUAAGAAAGGUAGCAAAACUCAGGUCUUAAACAGAGAUAUCAGAUUGGGAUGAAAGAGUUUGAGCAAAGUAAACAAAAUUUAAUGUCGGGAGAAUUCAAUAU